GGUUGACCCUCGGAGGGGCGCCCCAGCCGGCCAUGACUGCGGAGCUGCAACAGCAGGACGACGCGGCCGGAGCAGCCGAUCGCCAGGGCUCGAGCUGCCAGAUGCUGUUAAAUCAACUGAGAGAAAUCACUGGCGUUCAGGACCCUUCCUUUCUUCAUGAAGCACUGAAGGCCAGUAAUGGUGAUAUCACGCAGGCGGUCAGCCUGCUCACAGACGAAGGAGUCAAGGAGCCCAGCGAAGAGCCUGCCCCCGCAGAACCGUCGGAGGUGGAGGACAGUGCUGCCAACCAAGAGACGAUAGCAAAAGUUAUUGACCUUACUCAUGACAAUAAAGACGAUCUUCAGGCUGCUAUUGCUUUGAGUCUACUGGAGUCUCCCAAAAUUCAAGCCGAUGGAAGAGAUCUUAGCAGGAUGCACGAGGCCACCGCUGCUGAAACCAAACGCUCAAAGAGAAAACGCUGUGAAGUCUGGGGGGAGAGUCUGAAUCCCAAUGACUGGAGACGGGUCGGUGGUUGGCCAGUGGGGCUGAAAAAUGUCGGCAAUACAUGCUGGUUUAGUGCUGUUAUUCAGUCUCUCUUCCAAUUGCCUGAAUUCCGAAGGCUGGUGCUCAGCUAUAGCCUGCCACAGAACGUGCUUGAAAACUGUGCGAGUCACACGGAAAAGAGAAACAUUGUGUUCAUGCAAGAGCUUCAGUAUUUAUUUGCUCUCAUGAUGGGAUCAAAUCGCAAAUUUGUGGACCCCACAGCAGCCCUGGAUCUCUUAAAGGGGGCAUUCCGCUCCCCUGAAGAACAGCAGCAAGAUGUGAGUGAAUUUACACACAAGCUCCUGGAUUGGCUGGAGGAUGCGUUCCAGCUCGCUGUCAAUGUUAACAAUCCCGGGAACAAGUCUGAAAAUCCAAUGGUGCAGCUCUUCUACGGUACUUUCCUCACUGAAGGGGUUCGUGAAGGAAAGCCCUUUUGUAACAAUGAGACCUUUGGCCAGUAUCCCCUUCAGGUAAAUGGUUAUCGCAACUUAGAUGAAUGUUUGGAAGGGGCCAUGGUGGAGGGUGACAUUGAGCUGCUUCCUUCCGAUCAUUUGGUGACGUAUGGACAAGAGCGUUGGUUUACAAAGCUACCUCCCGUAUUGACCUUUGAACUCUCAAGAUUUGAGUUUAAUCAAUCACUGGGUCAGCCAGAGAAAAUUCACAAUAAGCUGGAAUUUCCUCAGAUUAUUUAUAUGGACAGAUACAUGUAUAGGAGCAAAGAGCUCAUUCGCUCUAAGAGGAAAUGUAUUCGGAAGUUGAAGGAGGAAAUAGCAAUUCUGCAGCAAAAACUGGAAAGGUACGUGAAGUACGGCUCAGGUCCCACUCAGUUCCCACUCCCAGACAUGUUGAAAUACGUCAUUGAAUUUGCUAGUACAAAACCUGCCUCCGAAAACGCCCCAUCUCAGAGUGACACUCAUGUACCAUCGCCACACUCCUCAGCAUGCUGCCCAGCUUCUGACGCAGCGUCCGAGGAGAGUACAAGUAACGAAAACCCUUCUCACGAUGUUGAAAGCACAUUUUCUUCAGAAGAUUCAUUACUCCAGCUUAAGACAAGGAAUAAGCCCCAUUCGUCUUCUCGGCCUUCCUUGGAAAUGCCUGCACACCCAGCUCCUCGGACCAUCACAGAUGAGGAGAUGAAUUUUGUGAAGACCUGUCUUCAGAGGUGGAGGAGUGAGAUUGAACAAGAUGUACAAGACUUAAAGAAUUGUAUUGCAAGUAGUUCCCAAACUAUUGAGCAGAUGUACUGUGAUCCUCUUCUUCAUCAGGUGCCUUAUCGCCUACAUGCAGUUCUGGUUCAUGAAGGACAAGCAAAUGCUGGCCAUUACUGGGCCUAUAUCUACAAUCAUGCCCGACAAGUUUGGCUCAAGUACAACGACAUCUCAGUUACUGAAUCUUCUUGGGAAGAACUUGAAAGAGAUUCUUAUGGAGGACUAAGGAAUGUUAGCGCUUACUGUCUGAUGUACAUUAACGACAAGCUGCCCAACUUUAAUGCAGAUGCAGCCAAGAAUGAAUCAGAUGAGAUGCUCGGAGAAGUGGAAGCUCUGUCUGUCGAACUUAAGCAUUACAUUCAGGAAGACAACUGGAGAUUUGAGCAGGAGAUUGAGGAAUGGGAAGAAGAACAGUCCUGCAAAAUCCCUCAGAUGGACUCUUCAUCCAGUUCAGCAUCCCAGGAGUUCUCCUCAUCACAAGAGCCAGGGUCAGUCUCCUCUCACGCAGCUCGCAGCCUGUCAUCUGAGCAUGCUGUGAUCGUGAAGGAGCAGACGGCUCAAGCCAUUGCCAACACGGCACGUGCCUAUGAGAAGAAAGGCGUGGAGGCUGCCCUGAGCGAGCAUAAGGAAACCGACCCCACCAGGCCCCUGGAAACAAAGCUUGCAGAGCCAUCAGAACAGCCCCCUGAGGCUGCUGGCACAGAGGCUGCUCCUGAGCCUAAUUCUGAGGUGUCUGAAGUGGAGAUCCCCAGUGUGGGGAGGAUUCUGGUUAGAUCUGAUGCAGAUGGCUAUGACGAGGAGGUGAUGCUGAGCCCCGCCAUGCAAGGGGUCAUCCUGGCCAUAGCUAAAGCCCGGCAGACCUUUGACCGGGACGGGUCUGAAGCAGGGCUUAUAAAGGCAUUCCACGAGGAGUACUCCAGGCUUUAUCAACUCGCCAAGGAGACCCCCAUGUCUCACAGUGAUCCCCGACUUCAGCAUGUGCUCGUCUACUUCUUCCAGAAUGAAGCGCCUAAAAGGGUAGUAGAACGGACCCUUCUGGAACAGUUUGCAGAUAAAAAUCUUAGCUAUGAUGAAAGGUCCAUCAGUAUUAUGAAGGUGGCACAAGCUAAGCUGAAGGAGAUUGGUCCAGAUGACAUGAAUAUGGAAGAGUAUAAGAAGUGGCAUGAAGAUUAUAGUUUGUUCCGGAAGGUGUCUGUAUAUCUCCUAACAGGCCUGGAACUCUAUCAGAAAGGAAAGUACCAAGAGGCGCUUUCCUACCUGGUGUAUGCCUACCAGAGUAACGCGGCCCUGCUGCUGAAGGGUCCCCGGCGCGGCGUGAAGGAGUCCAUGAUCGCUCUGUACCGAAGGAAAUGCCUCCUGGAGCUGAAUGCUAAAGCGGCUUCUCUCUUUGAAACAAAUGACGAACACUCUGUAACUGAGGGCAUUAACGUGAUGAAUGAGUUGAUCAUUCCCUGCAUUCACCUCAUUAUUAAUAACGACAUCUCCAAGGACGACCUGGAUGCCAUCGAGAUCAUGAGGAACCAUUGGUGCUCUUACCUUGGGCAGGACAUUGCGGAAAAUCUGCAGCUAUCCUUAGGGGAGUUCCUGCCCAGACUUCUAGAUCCUUCUACAGAAAUCAUUGUCUUAAAGGAACCUCCAACAAUUCGACCCAAUUCCCCCUAUGACCUUUGUAGCCGGUUUGCAGCGGUCAUGGAGUCCAUUCAGGGCAUCUCCACUGUGGCGGUGAAGUAAAAAGCUGCUUGUUCGAGACCCAUCCUGCUCUUGUCCUGCCUGUUGACAGAGUCCUCACCAUGGGAAGAAUGUUUCAUGCAAAAAUGAGAUUUCUAUCCAGACGCUGACCAUGCUAUGUGUAAAGAAGGACUGAGAACUAAACUUGACACUUCUCCGAUCCAGAAUCAUAAAAGAAUAAUCUGAGUUUAGAAAAUAGGAAGGCAGGUACCAGCAUAUUAAGGCAUUGAAUUAAGUCUAAAGGCCCAAAAAAAUGCCUCUGGUUAUCUACACACACUGCUCAGGCUAAUUUGAACCUCUUGCCAUUUUUAAAACCGUCCUUUCAGCAUCAUUGUUUCUGACUGCAAAAUAGGUGAUUUCAUCAGCACCUGGCCCGGUGGACAGCUCCGAGUUAUGACCAUGACCUGUGUAAAACUGAUGAACUGCGAGAGGAGAGAGCGCAAUGCCUCUGAACUGGCUCUUGACCGGUGGUGAUAGGGUGUGUUCCUUCGAGGUGCUGAUCACCCAGUGUCACCCUUCUAAAGCCAUGGGGUGGCGUGUAAGGACACAUGAUGAGAAGUUGCUCAAGAACCGCCAGCCAACUGCAUCACACUUUUCUCAUGUGAUAUUUUUUAAAUAACCAGCAAACCUCAUAUUUAGUCCUGGUUGAAAGGAAGGAAAGUAUUAAAAGGGAACUGGCUUUGCGAAACUUGACUCAACAAAACCUUUUCUUAACCAUUCAGGUAAACUAAAUGUCAAGGACAUGUCAAGCUCUGCUGCUGGCCCUGGAGGACACAUUUAAUGCCCCACCCCACAGUUUUGUUUUUUUGGGUGUGUUUUUGGUUUUUUUGUUCUUUUUGCUUAAAGAAAUAAAGGGGUGUGAGUUUGUAAAAAGAAGUAUAAAUAUGUAUAUGUAUACAUAGAUAAAUAACCUGUUUGACCAUUUGUACAAGGCUUUAGAUUUGGGUAUCGUGUUUUAACCGAAUUUUCAGAUUACCGAGAGAAUCAUGGGAGGGAAGAAAGAACACUUGCUACAUAACUAUGCAGAUUUUAUAAAUGUGCAAUAAAAGUAUUUGUUUUUCUUUUGGUGUA